AUGUCUGGCCCUGCGUCAGGCCGAAUGGCCUGUCGCUGUCACUUGUCUGCCUUCUCCUGCUUCCUCCUCUCUCUGAUCACCCUUCCCUUCCUCUUGGCUUCUUUGGCUUCUGGCGCUCCCCGAUCCCAUGCGUUUCGCUCGCUAGAUCCAUUGUCCGGUCUUCCACCCUCGCUGACCACCGCCGCCUCAUCUACGCCUCCUUCUCCGACUCAGAGUCCCACCGGCGGUUUCGCAAUCGCCAACGCCGUCGCUCUCUCUUCCAACUCCACCGACCUGCAGCCCGGUCUCUGUCAGCAGAUGGUCCAGAAAGCGGGGGCCGCCAUUGUCAUCCUGACCUCGCUGAUCGCCUAUGUGUCGGUGAACAGCCUGGUGCGGUCGGUAAAUCCGUCCGCUUUUGUUUGGUACGACGAAGACCGUGACGAACCCGCCUGGAUUGACUCAUCUCGGUCGUGGCUCGACCGGAAGGCCUGUCGGUGGUUAGGCCUGUGCGGGACCGCGCACUUCCGCCCGGUCCGGCCCCGCUUUGGGCACCGCAGGCCCGCCGCCGUCCCCGACAACAACACCGAUGCCGCCUCUGCUUGGCAGGCCUUCUGGUCGGUCGAUCCCCGGCACCCCGAUCAUCCCACCAACGAGUCCGACCGCAGGAUUCCAGACUAUGUUUUUGAGCAUGCGCCGCUUGUUCAUCUUUUCUCCGGCGAGCAGUUUUGGCCCGGCGACAUCGCCGAACAUCUCUACCACACCACUCCGGCGCUAAACUACACCCCCAUCCAGUCGCAGUGGCAACAUCCCACCCUCCAGGACCUAGACCGCCUCAACGAGUGGCAAGAUGGUCGCUUCGUCUUCCUCACCAGUAACGACAACGUUGAAGACCGUCCCGAGUGGAUCGAAGGCGAGAAGAACGUGCCCAGUGCGCCCGACUCAGAGCCAGACUACCGCGACGGUCGACUGGACGGCGAUCUCCCGGAGGAUCCUCCCAACGAACGGGUGCAGUGGUACGACACCGCGCAUACCCCGCAGGGCGAUGAGGAAGACAUCGACGGUCUAACCGCCGAGGCGCUCGGCUAUCUCCGUCCCGGCGAUCGAGAUGCCGAGCGAAUCCACUGGGAGCUGCGCAAACGGUACGAGGGCCAUCCCGUCAAGGAAGGGGAGGCCGGGGGCCGCAGCGAAGCACCAGCCGUGCUCCUGGUGAUGGACAAGGGAAAUGGUAUAGUCGACGCCUUCUGGUUCUACUUCUACAGCUUCAACCUGGGUAACGUCGUCUUGAACGUCCGCUUCGGCAACCACAUUGGCGAUUGGGAGCACUGUCUCGUGCGAUUCCACCAUGGCAAACCCAAGGCGCUCUUCUUCAGUGCGCAUUCCGGCGGCGAAGCCUACAGCUACGACGCCGUCGAAAAGAUCGGCAAGCGACCCGUCAUCUACUCUGCCAUGGGCACGCACGCCAUGUACGCCACCCCGGGCGUGCACGACUACAUCUUGCCUUGGGGUCUUCUCCAUGACCAGACCGACCGCGGUCCACUCUGGGAUCCGCUGCUCAACAGCCAUUCGUACACCUACGACUACGACAACGACACUCUGCGCGCCUCGACCGCCAGCCCGGACUCCCCCACAGAGUGGUUCUACUUUAAAGGCCACUGGGGAGACAAGUUCUACCCGCUCGGCGACCAUCGACAGUACCGCUUUGCCGGACAGUACCAUUACGUGAACGGCCCGCUGGGUCCGCGGUUCAAACACCUCAAUCGCCGGAAGGUCUGCCAAGGUCCCGAUGACUCUCCGUGCGUCAUCAAGAACUACAUCUGGGAGAAGAAGCGUGCGAAACGCUGGGACAAUACCGGACCUGGUGACACUCACGUGUAG